AUGGAGGAAACCAAGAAUCAGAUUGUGCACAGGAAGCUGAACUUGAACGUGCCACCUCUAUCGACGAGGCGCGCCUCCGGUGGCACCGCUAUCUCCGGUUCGAGGCUUGACCCGGCCAACAUGGUGCCCUUCUCGUGGGAACGAAUCCCGGGCGAGCCAAAGGACCAGCCUACGAUCGAGGGCAAUGACCGGCCGCCACCCCCAAAGCCACCCCCCGCCCGGUGGCGACCCUCUGUUAGGGUUGAUGACCUUGAUCAUGACGGGAGUGGUGGUGGUGGUGAAGAAAACAGCCAUAGCGACCGUUUCGACAUAUUCUCGUUGGCGGAGUCGGUUGAUGACGUGGAAGGCUACUGCAAAGCGACAAAGGACAGAAGCUCAAAGCUACUGGCAGAGUCGGUGGAUGACGUGGAAGGGUUCUGCAAAACGACAAAGGACAGAAGCUCAACAGUACUGGAGACUAAUAGCGACGAUUGUUGUUCAUCAAAUUUUAUCAUAGAGAGGUUUUUGCCGGAUGCUCAAGCUCUAGCUGAGGAAUCCGUUAUGAAUAAGAAAAUUCCGUUUUCGGAUUCAUCAUUUUCUCGAGCCAUUAGCAUAGGGAGAUCGCACCAAUCAAUGAAAGGGUGUGGCUUAGGUAGUUUGUUGCCGUGGAAAAUGAAGCCCAAAUCGUGUAAAGUGAAGAGCCCAGUUUGUGACACCAUAAUUGGCGCUAAUUUGAAGCAGAAGCGGUGA